GUUGGUCACACUGUUUGCAGCGCUAAGUAAAGUGAAUAUGGCGAGUCUUGGGGGUCAACACGAAAAUAUUUCGAAUAAUCCAGAAGUGGAAAACACAUCCAAGCGAUCCGAAAGUCGCGAGGGCAGUGCCGAGCGAAAAGCGUCCAAAGACCGCGAGGAGAAGCUGAAAUAUGCCCGCGAUCGACAAAAUGAGGAGCGGCACCGGAAGAUCGAGGAGCUGCGCGCCCAGGCGGAGGCCGCCCAGCGGUAUCGCGAACAGAAGGAGGAGGAGCGCCGGCGACGGAUCGAGGAGAUCCGCAUCCGGGACACAGAGAAGCGCCACCAGGUGGAGGAGCGCAAAAAGGCCAUCUUCGAGGCCGAAAAGGAGCGUCGCGAGUAUAUUCUCAAAAAGAAUCAGGAACGCGAAUCCCGGAUAGAAGUCAAAAGGCGGGACAGAAACUCCAUCGGCUUCGCUUUUGGCUCCUCGACUCCCCGCCUGCUGGAUGUGCCCGCGGAUUAUGGUCUGGUAUCGCCCAGUGCCUUUUGGGGUCAGCGGAGAUCCACAUCUAUAUCGAACGUAGCGGGCGCCUCGCUCUCACGUCGAAGUUCAGAGCGUGAACUUGCCGACAGUGGUGCUAAGAAGCGUGCCUCCUCCUCGACGGACAGACAAGAUGAUCACCGACGCAAGUCUUCCUCCAUGUACGAGGUGUUCAAUUGGGGCUAUUCCAAUGACGAGCCGCCAAAGCGGUUCUCGCUCUCCAUCGCCGGCAGCGAGAUAAAUAUCGAUGGGCCGGCCAAUCCCAAUACGCCGCCCACUUCCAACAAACAAACAGCCAACGCGCACAGACCUACAAAUCUCACAACAACCACAGCAACAAGCACCUCAACUGCAGGCCACAACAACUUUAACAACCAUAACUCGUAUCGUAAGGAAGAUAGUUGCGUUGACACAUCACCCAUGGUGUUCCGAAGCGUUUACCGCAGGAAAACGGACCUCAUGCCGACAAUACCCAGCCCCCGAGACGGGCACUAUGGUUCGCGCAGCUCCCUGAGCACCACGCCGGCCAGAACCCCAGGACGGGCGUACUCGAUGAACCGCUUGGACCAGCUGGCGCAGCCGAUUCGGCGGAACGGGGAGCACAUGCGGGCCAUCCUGGAGCGGGAGCGGCGCGAGCGGGAGCUGGAGAUGCUGGACGAGACCGCCUCGCUGGGCGGCGGUGGGCGACGCGGCGCGGCGGCGUCUCGAGCCCGUCGGGCGGGAAGCGCCGGUAGCGGCAGCUCCACUGCCGCCGGCAUCAUGUCCCGCAGCAUGACCCAUCUGGCCGGAGGAGGAGGAGGAGGUGGCCAGCGGGAACGCGGAAAGUACUCGCUGGGCGGCGGAAUCUCGACCAGCUUCCGACCGCUGGCCAGCGGAGCCGGCGGUCAGCGGGACUCCACCAGUAAGAGCAUGACACAGAUUAGCAGUUGGUCGGUUUAUGGCAGCACAGCACCACCCAACCACCAAAUGCACCACUACCUGCGACAGUCCACACUCGGCCUGCAAACUGCGGCAACUAAGAAAUACCUCCAGUCAUCAUUUGCCUCAGCCUCAGCCUCAUCCUUCAACUCUGCAUCCUUACGCGCGAACUGGGCGACUGGGCGUGGCCAGCAGCAGCAAUAUGCGAUCUCUACUAACCCCCACCGUUUUCUCGAUCUCGAUCCCAACUCAUUGUUGCUCAUGAACUCUGCUAGUUUGUUAGUGAAUGCAGGCUCGCGAUCGGGAAAUGCCACGCCCGGCGGACACUUUAACAGCUCAAGGCCCGGCAGCGCCAUGUCCACAUCGACAAACAUGUCCACAUCCGGGCUGGUGCCCAGGCGACCGGCCACGGCGCCCCGGAAACCGAGGCCCGCUAGCAUCGCCGGAACGGGCAUGUCCCUCGAGGAGAUCAACAAACUGAAGAGGGAUCAAAAGCCACCCGUGAAGACGACAGCCGCCUCGCCAUCCGCACAAACGACACCCAAACGAACUGCAAACCUGAUGUCCACCUCCCUGAUCGUGACCUCCAGCUCAUCGCGGCUGAGCAGUGCCGAGAAGAAGACGCCUUCAAAGCGGGAACCUCCGGUGCCCAAGGCGGCAUCCGCUUCCAAGGCUCUGCCAAGUCGCACGGCCAGUUCGGAGCGCAUCAGCCGGCUCAGCAAGGAGCCGAAAACCAAGGACAACUCUGCGAUGACCAGGUCCAUGAUUGUCACCAGCAGCAGUUCCACUACAACCACCACAAAAGCGGCUCCUGCACCGGCACCGGCACCCGUACCCGCACCCAUUUCCGCCCCUGCUCCCGAGCAGAAUGGCGUGGCCAAGGAGGUGCUGCCUGAGAAGACGCCCGCAGAGGAGCCAGUUCCUGAGGCAGCACCAGUUCCUAUCGAGGCACCUGUUGCCGUUCCUUCGGUGAGCAAGGCCGAGAAGGAGGCUCUGAACUCGGAGAAAACGGAAGAAGUGGUGCGCCAGGUGGAGGAGGAGCAAACUUUAUUAGUGGAACCCGUGCCGGAGGAGGCCUUGAUAGCCUCAAUUAAUGUAGAGGAAAAGUCGGACGAGGGCACCGAAAAGGAGACAGCCAAGGCCCAGGAGCAGGCUGCGCCCAAGAAACCGUCGCGCAGCAAGGAGAACUCCGAGGUGCGGGAACUGACGCCGCCGGAGGGCGCCGAUCUGAUGACCGCAUCGAUGAUGGCCAAGAAGAUCACGACCGAGGAGGAGGCCAAGGCCGCUUUGGCCGAGAGACGACGCCUGGCCCGCGAGGAGGCCGAACGACAGGCGGAAUUAGAGCGCCAACGACUGGAGGCUGAACGCCUGGCAGAGAUCAAGGCCCAGGAGGAGGAGGCCGAGCGCCAGCGCCUGUUCGAGGAGGAGUCCACUCGCCUGGCCGAGGAACAGCGCCGCGGCGAGGAGGAGCGUCUGCGCAAGGCCAUCGAGGAAGCCCAGCAGCGCGAGGAGGAGGAGAAACGCAAGCGCGAGGAUGAGGAGAAGCAGCGUGUGGAGCGCGAGGAGGCCGAGAAGAAGGCCAAGGAGGAGGCGGAGAAGCAGCGCGUCGAGGUGGCCGAGCGGCUCAAGCGGGAGGAGAAGGAGCGCGAGGAGCGCCGCAAGCGGGUGGAGGCCAUCAUGCUGCGCACCCGCAAGGGAGGUGCUGCCACCACACCCUCCAAGGACGCUAACGACAAGGCCGCUCCUGCCGCAUCAGCUCCGGAGAACAAUAGCAGCAGCAACAGCAGCGUCAGUGGCAGCAGCAACAACUCGGCGGAGGGCUCGCCCAGCACUGCGGAUUCCACGCCAGCGCCCACGGCCACGGAAACGGAAACGGAAACGGUGCAGGAGCCACCCAACAGCCAGGCGAUGUACGAGCAGUCGGUGCUAGACAAGGAGAACUCGCUGAUCAACAGCUUCUCCACAAUGAUCAUCGAUGAGAACGCCAAGAACCUGCAGCAGGUGAGCAACGGCAAGUUGCUGGUGGACUUCGAGGGCACCAAUACUGUGAAUACUGUACCGGCAGUGGCCAAUGGCAAUGGUCACAUCGAGAAUGUCAACAACAAGAAUGACAUCAAUCUGCUGCAGGACGCAGUUGCUCCGGUCGCCACCCAACUGAUUGACCUGAGCAUCGAGUCACAAGAUCUACACCUGAACAAUAAUAACAGCUUGCUGACGAGCACAGCGGCAACCACCACGCUAGUCACUGCUGAUAGUCACGAGAAUAAAGAUAUAUCGCUGCUGUGAAUUGGAUGAGGAAAGCAAAACUAAUUGUUUUCUAAACCUAAAUCUUGAUAUAGCUAAAUGUGUGUGGAGUUGGAGUAUUUAUUUAUAGGAUGAGAUCUAUAUAGGAAUGCGAGUGGAGAGUGCGACAAAUUAUGGUUACUAAAAAAACAGGAAAACAUAAAAGCUUAUAAAAACCUAUAUAUUUAAACGUACACAUUAUAUAGAUAGAUCUGAAUCAGAAUCAGAGAGAACGGGGAUAGGAAUGAGACCGAUCCCAAGCGAAUCGUGACGGAGCAGCUGCAAGUUAAAAUUAGUUAAGAACUAAGACAAACCCUAAAUGAGAAAGCGUGAGAGAUGGAGGAGAUCCUCCCCAGAGUUCGGGGAUCGUUUGCGAAGCAAUUCAAUAUCAAAGAAAUCUAUUUGUGAAGCACUACAACUAAGCUAAAAGAAAAGGAAAAGGAACAUUUGAUGCAAUUUUCGACUCGAUUCGAUUCGAUGCGAUGCGUUUCGAUCUAAUUUAAUUACAAACUCGCUUCAAAAGUUGAAAGUGCAUGCUUACAUUGAGUAUAACUUGAGCCAGAGAGCAGGAUAUAAUCGCCUGCGUCGACGUCAAUGCAGCGUAUAUAAUUGAAAAUUAUAUAAAAAUUAGUAGAGACAAACCCCUAGUUUAAACAACAAUGCGAGAUUCUACGGGGCACCAGAUCAAAUUAUGUGUGCCGGGCCCCCAAGCGAGCAAUAAACGUAAUCGAACAUGAAGAUAAAGAUAAAGAUGAAGACGAAGACGCGGUAUCCACAUACCAUUAACCCCAUCCACAUCUACAGCGCCUCACUGCUAGGAGGGCAUCCGCUCCCCCCUUUAUUUUUUUCCCAACUUUGCACAGUUGUUCUGUAAGUUAAGUUUACUACGUUGAGCCAACGAAUCGUGAGGUAUUAUUUAUUAAAAACAAAAACGAAACAAACGAAAAAAAAAUAGGAAAAAAAAAUGAGAGGAAAGGAAAUUCAAUUGAAAUUAUUUGCUGAUACUGUUUGCAGUUAGUCGAGCAGAUAUAGGUAGCCUGUAAACAAAAUAAACAAUUAUAUACACCCACUGUAAUCACAGAUGUCAGUGCUUGAUAUACACAUCUAGUGGAAAUGGCAGUACCAUGCUGUACUUGUUUGUAGUAGGAGUCCAAAAUCUGAUUAUGCUUAUGUCACCUUUUAUUAUAGUAAAGUUCUCUGUAUAUUAUCUAUUUUGCGUCUACGUAUAUAUUUUUUGGUAAACAAUUUUUUAUAUAUAUACACAUUUAUAUUUGUAAUUUGUAUUUAUCCAUGUGCAAAAAUAAAUUAUGAUGAUUAUUUUUUAAAGAGUCGUUCACCUCGAAGCAUGCAUAACAGAUUGUAAAAAAUAAAUCGAUUUAUAUAAAGAUAUAUAUAAAAAAUCAUCCCCAUAGUCUACGAAACUCACACACCCACUUGUAUCUGAGCGAAAGGGCCUUAACAGUUAGUAGGAUGCAUGAUCGAUGCAGAUCGAUUAUAGAACGUUAGCAGACAGAAUCGGAAGGAACACAUACAUUUUCGAGCGUUUCGCAUGCGAAAACCGUUAAUAGAUUAAUAUAUUAUAAUGGCAAUAUGUGUAUGCAACUAAUACGCCCUAACUUCUAGUUAAUUACUGCUUUCCUAUGUUAUAAACCUAAUGGCGAUAUAAUCAAAACAAAAGACAAGCCCACAUAAAACCAAUGUGUAUGCUACCCAACAUAACAAAAUCCUUUAAAGAUCAAGCUGAAUUAUGUAUUUUUAAUAUUAAAUAUCACACAACCCACACAAAAGAAACGAACACGACAAACAGAACAACAAAUUAUACAAGCAAUUCCCCCUAUUUAUUUAGAACCACACUGAAGCACUUAAGAAAUUCGCUUCUUAUCGUAAAACCACAAUUGCAUAAUUUAUACGAUUAAACAAAAUAUAUAUUUAUGUGAAUAAACUGUAACUAAUUCUCAAGGCAAA